AUGGCGACUCAUAACAUUGUUGUGUUUGGCGGUGACCACUGCGGUCCUGAGGUCGUCGCCGAGGCUAUCAAGGUCCUCAAGACAAUUGAGACCAGCAGCCCCUCGGCUGGCAAGUUCAACCUUCAGGAGCACCUCCUCGGUGGUGCCUCCAUUGACGCAACAGGCUCCCCCCUGACCGACGAGGCCCUCGCCGCCGCCAACAGUGCUGACGCAGUCCUCCUCGGCGCCAUCGGCGGUCCGAAAUGGGGCACCGGCGCCGUCCGCCCGGAGCAAGGUCUCCUCCGUCUCCGUAAGGAGAUGGGCACCUACGGCAACCUCCGCCCCUGCAGCUUCGCCUCCGAGGCGCUGGUCGACUUCUCCCCGCUCAAGGCGGACGUCUGCCGCGGCACCGACAUGGUUAUUGUCCGCGAGCUGACGGGCGGCAUCUACUUUGGCGAGCGCAAGGAGGAUACGGGCGACGGCAAGGCGUGGGACUCGGAGCCCUACUCGCGCGAGGAGGUUGAGCGCAUCGGACGGCUGGCGGGCUUUUUGGCGAUUGCGCGCGGGGAGAAGACGGUGUGGAGUCUGGAUAAGGCGAAUGUGCUGGCGACGAGCCGGUUGUGGCGCAAGGUGAUUACGGAGCUGUUUGAGAGGGAGUUCCCGCAGCUCAAGAUUGAGCACCAGCUCAUCGACUCGGCUGCCAUGUUGCUCGUCAAGAGCCCGCGCGCGUUGAAUGGUGUCGUGGUUACGAGUAACUUGUUUGGCGACAUCAUUUCCGACGAGGCGAGCGUUAUUCCUGGCAGCAUUGGUCUUUUGCCCAGUGCUAGUUUGAGCGGUAUCCCUGAUGGCAAGGGCAAGUGUAACGGUAUCUACGAGCCGAUUCACGGCUCCGCCCCCGAUAUCUCGGGCAAGGGCGUCGUCAACCCCAUUGGCACGAUCCUCUCCGUCGCCAUGAUGCUGCGCUACUCACUCAACCUGCCCAAGGAGGCCCAGGCCGUCGAGGACGCCGUCAAGGCCGUCAUCGACAGCGGCGUGCGGACAAAGGACCUCGGCGGCAGCGCCGGCACCAAGGAGACUGGCGAUGCUAUUGUCGCGGAGCUGGCCAAGAUUCUCAAGGCAUGA